CGGAUCUCCCUUUGGGAAUCCAAAAUACAAACUCCUGUGAAAACAACAUGGAGAACUUACCUCGAAAUUUGACCUCGUCCGACUCGGAACAACCUCCUCCCCCCCCCACGCAAGUCGAGGGAGGAGGAGAUCGCAGUACAUCGCGAUCUUCCAGCCAGAUCGAACUGCCAUUGCACAACCAGAUUGACAUCACUGAGCAAAUCGCCAGAAGAUCCGCCGACGAACUGGCCGAACUCCGCAAAAUGAUCCUUACCUUGGUCGAAAGAAGCCAAACACAGAAAAUCUUAAACCGAAGCCUAGUCGCGCGGAUGGAAUAUCAAGAGCAAGAGCUCACCAACGUGUUACCUGAAGCAGGGAGGCUCCUCCCUCAGGCCACCCCAAAUCCUGCGUCGACCUCCAUCCGCCCUAGCGGUACGACUCCCCCCUCAGAAUCGACCCCUCGAACUCACCUCGACUUUACGAGAAUAGAGGUAACUCCUCGCGUAAAUCGACAGGUCGCGUUCACACCCUCUUCCCUGGGAAACCCAUCCGCAGAAACAGAGACACGAAUCACACCGACCUUUCCCAGGUUUCGGUCUCCACCGCUCCUACCACGAGGCUACUCGCCACCCAGGUACACGUGGAUACGGAACCAGACACCUGCAUCAAGUUCCCACGCCCUUGGGAACCUACCACAGUUACAAACUCCAAUUGUAGAUCCCCCCUCUGGUCCUACCCAAUUACGGACCUCGACGAGAAAUCUUCGAAACGGCUCCGUAAAUCCCCAAAUACCGUUUAACAACGCGAGACACAGCAUCCCACCUUUGUACUCCUCAAACUAUACGCAAACAAUCGAUCCCAAGAGCAUCGUUGUUAUGGAAACCUUCCGCAAUUACGCUGCGCAGACCAAUGCCAAUAUGGCCCAAAUGCACUCUAAGGCCGAGGAGGAAACUGCCUAUCUAGCUCUCAAAUUUAGAGAAUCAAAAAGGCAGAAUACCCUGUUUAACGCCAAGGAAACGGACAUGCAAUGAUCCGAGUCCAAAAUUACCAAUAAGCUGCCACCCUCUUCUACAACUCCAACAUCAAAAUCUGGAGAUUUUGCGCGGGGAAGCUUGUAUUUUAGCACCUACAGUUUACAUUAGCACAAAUGAUGAGAAAAAUAACAGGUAUUGUUCAUG